AUGUCUGCCCCGAAUAAAGGCCGCAUAAGAAAGAGGAAUCGCGUUCCGCUGUCCUGUCGAGCAUGCCACCGUCGCAAGAUUAAAUGCAAUCGAGAACUUCCAUGCCAAAACUGCAUUGUGCGAAAUGAAGUCUGGACAUGCUCCUACGUUGCGCCAUCGGACUCUUCGCGCCAGAAGCAGGCUGCUCACAACCGCCAAGGCAAGGACAACUCUCAGAACACAGAAGCACCCGCUUUGACUGCUGCUGGGGCUAUUUUCAAUGAUCAAUAUGACACGUACUACAGGGGUGCCACUCACUGGGGUAGCGUGGUGGACGAGGUAGGCAGAUUCUCUGCACCGUCAGCAAAAAACACGAUCGAUGCUGACCCCAAGAAGCUUACUGAACCCGAUCUGGUUGCGGUCACACUGGGGAGCAGCAGUAACGGCAGUGAAAGCAGCGAGGGUAGUCGAGAAAACAUCCAGGGUACCAGGAAAUCCGCUCUCGAAAGCGUUGUGGAACUUCCCCUUCGCGCGGUAGCAGACAGGCUGGCCCUGUCUUUCUUCGAUACACAGGGACCUACUGGGUUAUGGCUGCAUGUCGUUCACCGUCCAACCUUUCUAUCUAAUUAUGCAAAGUUCUGGCGCGCUCCAGAUGGCCUUCCCAAGUCCUGGAUUGGACUACUUUUCUCCAUUCUCUCGCUCUCCUUGCAGGCACGCGUGGGCUGGUUUGACGACAUCGUUGAUCCAUCGAAUUAUCACGACUUUGUAACCCGGUGGCGCUCAAUAGCCGUCUCCUGCUCCCAGACUCGGGAUAACAGUUUGAAGGGAGCCCAGUACUCACUGCAGACUAAGCUUCUCGUUUCCAUAGGCAUUGCAUUGAGCCCGGAUUGUGAUGGGAAAGACUUUUCCACUUCCAUCGGCGUCGUCACUCGCGAUGCCAUUCACAUGGGCUUUCAUCGCGAUCCGUCCCGUUCCCGCAGUAUCCGGGUCUUCGAUGGUGAGAUCCGUCGCCGGCUCUGGGCUCUUGUUAAGCAGAUGGAUACCUUGUCGUCCUUUCAUAUGGGACUACCCUGUAGCAUUCGAUCAGCUGAGACGGACACCAGAGAGCCCCUAAAUAUCGCUGAUGACCAGCUACUGGAAGAUAUGGGUGAACUUCCCGAGCCGGUUCCCUUCUCCCCCGAUAUACCGAUCGGAUAUAUGAUUGUGAAGAGUCGCAUAUGCGAGGUACUUGGGAGGAUCGUGGAGCACUUGAACUCGUUGAGCACAGGAACGUACGAUCAGGCUCUACAGAUUCAGAGAGACCUGGAAGCUGUUUACACCAGUAUUCCUCUCCAUUUCCAGUUCACUUCCUGGGACGAAGCAUCCGAAGCACCCCCAACUCUUUUUGUUCAGCGAAUACAUUUAAACCUGCUAUUCCACCAGGGGAUUUGUGCUCUUCACCGAAAAUACCUGCCUCUAUCCUUCACGGUAAACGGGCAUGCAUACCGAGCUUCACGAGAUGCGUGUCAGGAAUCCGCACUGGUACUGCUGUCUCACCAGGCGUGUCUUUUCCGGGAAUUGAAACCGGGAGGAGUGGUGAAACCGUCCCACGGGCGUAGUAUCAGGCCUGCCAGUGAAAACUUUGGCCUGGCAGCCGCCAUCCUGUGUCUUUGUCUUCAGCGCAUAGACGCUUCCGCACCUGAGGAGAUGGAGAAGAGGGGGGAUAUUAUACGGACUUUACGUAUUUCCCGCGACAUUUACGCAGAGCUGGUAGGGGAGUCGGAAACAGCCAAAAGACUGUCGAAGAUUUUGACAUAUGCUCUGUCUAAGGCCUUGCGAGCCGACGGAGAUGGCAAUCUCCCGCUAGAACAAGGACAGGACUUUCCUGCUGUAGAUUUAACUGGGAAGAAUAGUGAUGAACCUCGCAACCAGACAACAACUCAAGAUGACUUGAUUGGUUUCAGCCUUGACGAGAAUGUUGAUUUCUCUGGUGUCCUUGAUCCAGACUGGUCGGAGCAUUUCAACUGGGGCCUUUGGGAUUCUGUCAUGCGGGAAGCUGAAGAAUUGCCCUGGGUAGACAAUCCAUCAGUGCUAUAGGAGGUAUGCAAUACAUUUAAUUUGUUCUGUUUGAGAAAAGAGAUACAGAUUGAUACUUCCUCAAAAAGCCUCUGCGUCAAGCCCUAGACCCUUUCUAUGUGGCUGCACUUAGAAAAAGUCUUUGUUGACAACUGCAACUGAUUCUUCUUCAAUUGUCUCCAAGUCCUUAGACCGCAUUGGUUUUUCAUCUAAAACCAGAGACAUUGAAGUGUGACUCCUCGGCUGCAUGGUACAAAGCAGGUGCCAAUGCCAGAGCAUAUAGGAUCAUCCUGGGGAAGUAAACCCAUCAUCUACCAUUCUGAGGCUCCUUAAUCGACUCUCUCUGGGAUCACAGGACGGAACCUGUCGAUCUUCAGCCAUAAUCUAUGGGCAAUAAUAGGGACAAUAUAUACUGGAACAUACCCGUCUUCCAUGAUGUGUCGAUGAGCGAUAUUGCGAAGCUCAUCGAGGGAGAACCCGGUGCGCUGAUCCAAACCCAUAUCUUUGGCACGAGGUAGUAUGGAACAUGGAAGAUAAUCUGCUGUUCGAUUUAAAAGAUAUGAUACUGCAAAAUCAGGGAAAGUGUAUUGGUUGAAGUGUAUGGACUCCGCCUGAUAGGAGCAAUCAUGACCAUGAACAAGUGACGAUAGCCAUCUAUCAGAACCAGAUUCAGCAUCUCAAACUAUUUAGGAAUCAUUUUCGCAUAGCUCCCAAGGGAAGGAGAUGCAUCUUUAUCGUGAAUAUGGUCCCGUCCUUGGACUGCCUGUG